UCUUGACGAAAAUAAUACGUGACGGCCAUUUUCUCCUCCUUCAACUCCUCUUCGGAACGUUGCCUGACGCCCUUGUACCGGCAAUCGUUAUUUUUGAUAAUUUCUCAUUAUGCGAGUGAAGAACGAGCUGGAUGAAGAUGAACAAGGGAAACUAUUUGUUGGAGGACUCAGCUGGGAAACAACUCAAGAAAACCUGCAGAGGUACUUCAGCAGGUAUGGGGAGGUCAUUGACUGUGUUGUCAUGAAGAACAGUGAAAGUGGAAGGUCAAGAGGAUUCGGUUUUGUCACCUUUGCCGACCCCGCCAAUGUCACACUUGUGCUACAAAAUGGGCCUCACCAGCUUGAUGGUAGAACGAUUGAUCCUAAACCUUGCAACCCUCGAACGUUGCAAAAACCAAAGCGUAGCAGUAGUUAUCCGAAGGUCUUCCUCGGGGGAUUGCCUUCCAAUGUCACGGAGACAGACCUGAGGACAUACUUCAUGCGCUUUGGCAAGGUUAUGGAAGUCGUUAUCAUGUAUGACCAAGAGAAGAAGAAAUCAAGGGGUUUCGGCUUUUUGUCGUUCGAAGAUGAAGAAUCAGUGGAGAGAUGCGUUAGUGAACAUUUCGUCAACCUUAGUGGCAAGCAGGUUGAGAUCAAGAAGGCAGAGCCACGAGACUCCAGCAAGAUGAAUGACAACUCUGGGGCCAAUCAGUGGGGCCCCCCACAGAAUGCUGGACACAUGGCUAUGGGCGGAGGCAUGGGCAUGGGUACCCCUAGUGGCCAGAUGGGAGGCCCCAUGGGAGGUAUGGGACCAAUGGGUCCAGGCAACAUGAUGCAGAGCUACCAAAGCUGGGGAUCCACCCCACAGACCGGAGGAUACCCAGGGCAAUGGGGCCCAUCAAACCAACCUCCAAUGAAUGGCUACGGAACACCAUCAGGACCAGGAGGCUACCAGAACUGGGGAGCCCCACCAGGACCCCAGGGUCAGCAGAUGGCACCCCCGCAGUGGGGGCCUAACUACCCUUCUCAGCAGACAGGCUAUGGAUCUUAUGGGCCUAACCAGACCGGGUACGGUAACAACUGGAACUGGAACAUGCCCCAGAAUGGCCCCACGGCCCAGGGCGGGCCUCCCGCUGCUGGGGCCCCGGGUCCUCAGAGCAGCAGCUACGCAGGAGACAUGUACUCAGGAGGAGCCGCCGGAGCAGCACCAGCCGGUCCCACUCCCCCCGCUGCUCCUCAGAAGGCUGCCAACGACUACGCUGGCUACGGCGGCUACACUGGCUACCAACAGGACUCGUCCUCGUACGGCGGAGGUCGCAGCUACGCAGGCCCAGACUCGGCCCAGGGCUCAGGAGAUGCCAGUCCCAUCCCCAGUGCCACUGCCAAGGCAGCCUACCUCACUGCUCUGUCUACGGUUCCAGACUCAGCUUACUCCGGAGCUCCAGGACCACAGAGAGGCAACAGCUACACACCGGGAACUCCUAGCUUCCACCCCUACAGGCGCUAGGCACUACACCACCACCACGACAAUUCAUUUUCAUGUAUUUGUAGUUGUACUACACAUAUUUUGUUGUGAGUUAUUUUGUACAUUUAAAUACCAUUCCAUA